AUGGCAAAGAAACCAAGUAAAACUCCUCCAGCCCCAGUUGCUGUAGAGCCGGUUACGAAAAAUAAGAGAGGCAAGAAGGGUGCCAGAGUUGAGACUGAGGAGGAGAAAAAAGCACGGCUUGCCAAUCGCGCCAAGGUCACGUCUACUUCUAGCUGGACCGGGAAGCUGCCGCAUACACUACUUCAUGAGAACUGUCAGAAGAGGAAAUGGAAUAAAGUUGAAUAUGACAUGAAGAAAAUCGGCGACACAGGCAUGUUGGCCAUUGCUGUCCUAUCUUUUACUGAUCCUAAGACCAAGGAAACACUCACAGUACGAAUGAACGAUCCCACCUAUGAUAAAAAGUCGGGGAAAGGUAUCUUGACUCCUCAAGAAACCCCGAUGGAAGCCAGACACAUGGCUGCGACAGUCGCUCUGUGCAGAAUAGCUUCGAACUCUAACAUGCACAUGACGUUGCCGCCUAAUCACCGAAAGUUAUGGUAUGAUCUAGUUGACUUCCGGAAAAAACUGCUUAAAGAAAACCCUGGUCUUGCCCCAAGGCUUUUCGAUCCCGAGCCUUUCAAGACUUUGGUUGCAGACAGAAAACACAAAGAGGUCAAAGAAAAGGAGAGAGCCACCAAACAACAACAAGCCGAAAAAAUCCAAAAAGCCCCCACUGUUAUCACUUCAGUUUCUGCUAAAAGUGCACCUGCCGCCAAGAACAUAGUUUUGAAAAAGCGUAAUGCCGGACCUUUCGACAAAAGGAUUAUCAGAUUCCCCCAAAAAGUUUGGGACAAUGCCACGUUUGUUGAUUUUAAAGAGUCGUCCAGAAAUCUUAUCGAGCUUUCACUGAAAUCUCAUAUAGACUGGAGCUCCAAGAAAUAUGAAGGUAAUGAUGAUCGGCAGCUAUUGAAAAAUAAAUUGGUUUCUUUGGGGUUUAGGGAACCUCACGUCAAAGAGGCGCUUCUUUAUAAGGACCCUCUCUCAUUCCUUUUAUUUAAUCUCCCCGAGGAUGAUCUGCCAUCUUUCUUUCAAAAGAGACAGGAGGACACAAAAAUGCGCAUCGAGAUUGCCUCACUUCCACUUAAAACCCAAAACAUGGUCAGUCGCUUGAUGGAAAGUGGUGUUUCGUAUGCUGAGGCCCUUUAUGCCUUAGAAUGUAAUAACUUCGAUGAAAGCGAGGCAGCCGGGAAGCUGACGGCCAAACUUUCGGCUCAACCUCAAGAGCCUGUUUCAGAAAUAUCUCCAGAAGAAUCCAUGGACAUUUGGACUCAAGAGCUCGAAAGCCUGCAGAGCAUUUAUACUCAGUCUAUUGAAGUGUUGAAUGAAGAAAAAACAUGUUACACAAUAAAGCUGAUAGAUGAGUUUAGUCUUAAGUUGAAAGUUUACAAAACUAAGAAUUAUCCAUGUUCAUUGCCAGGACUCGUCGUAUCAACUUUCGAUAAAAAAUUGAAACUUCCCAACUACAUUAAGCAGAUUAUUUUGACCAAGCUUAUAGAUUACAUUUCGGAAUCGGGACUUCUGGGCGAUAUGCUAAUUUAUCAUGCUUAUGAAUGGCUUCAAGAGAAUAUCGCGGGGAUAAUAGACAACCCAGGGUCUUUGCUGCCCGAAAGUACGGCAAAUCGGCAUGGCGUUGAUAGAGAUGGCGCGACAAGAACGGGCAAAGGAAAAUCGCGCAAAGGAAAGGGAGCUGUUUCAAGGCCACUUACAAGUAACGAAAUUGAAAAGCUCAAGAGUGACUAUAGGGAGCGAACUUGCAGCAAAAGGUUCGCUUCCAUGAUGAAGCAGCGUAGUCAGCUGCCUGCAUGGAAAAUCCAAGACGCAAUAGUUGAUCUCAUAAGAAAUAACGACGUCGUUCUCAUUACUGGUGAAACGGGUUCCGGUAAGUCCACUCAGGUUGUUCAAUUCGUUUUGGACUACCUGAUGUCAAAGGAGGAUGACUUUGGUAACACAAAAAUCAUCUGUACUCAGCCUCGUAGAAUUUCUGCAAUCGGGCUGGCUGAGCGUGUAUCUGAAGAGAGGUGCACUGACUGUGGCACUGAAGUUGGCUAUAUGAUUCGAGGUGUCAAUAAGACCAAGCCUUCGACGAGGAUAAAGUUUAUGACGACGGGUGUAUUAGUGCGUAUCCUGCAAAGCUCAAGAGAUUUCCUUGCAAACACAAUAGUUUUCAUUGACGAAGUUCAUGAAAGAUCUAUUGAUACAGAUUUGAUUGUGAUUUUGUUAAAGAAUUUGAAAGGAAAGGUUCCUGGUUUGAAGAUUGUACUCAUGAGUGCAACUGUUAAUGUUGAUAUUUUCAAAAAGUACUUUGGUCAACUUGGUAGCUGUCACAUUGAAGGCAGAACCUUCCCAAUCCAAGAUCAUUAUCUUGAGGAAAUUCUUGAAACCCUCGAUUUCAAAAUCAAGCGCAGAAACAAUGGUUACAACGAUUUUCAAGACGACGACGAAAUGAAUGAAAAUGGUUCAAAUGAGUUAAAGCCAGGCGCAGAUUCCAACUUCUUUCGAAGUGGACAGAUUAACUAUGAUUUGAUAUCUUCUUUGACUGUUCAUAUACACGAAAAGCUCAAUUUAGAAGGUAAUGAUGGGUCUAUCGUCAUCUUUCUGCCCGGUGUCGGUGAAAUUAACACCUGCUGCAGAAAUAUAAAGUCGUCGCGCGAAUCACAAAAUUUUGUGGUGCUGCCUCUUCAUUCAGCGUUGACACCAGACGCUCAGAAAAGCGUUUUCAAACGCUUUCCAGGAAAAAGGAAAAUUGUAGUUUCCACCAACAUAGCUGAAACCUCGAUCACUAUUGAUGACUGUGUGGCCACGAUCGACUCAGGGCGUGUAAAAACAAUGUUUUAUGACGCAAAGACUAACACUACGCGCUUGGUGGAGACUUUCGUUUCUAAGGCAGAAGCCAAGCAGAGAAGAGGUCGUGCAGGGAGAGUGCGUGCGGGCCAUUCUUACAAAUUAUUCUCCAAAACGAGAUACGAGGAAAUGCCCGCCCAACCAACCGCGGAAAUUAAACGUGUUCCCCUAGAAUCCUUAUAUUUAUCAGUAAAAUCGAUGGGCAUCAAAGACGUGGUAGCUUUUCUGGGCAGUGGCCUUGAUCCACCGCCUCUAGAUGCUUUGAAAAAGUCAGAGCAGCUUUUAACGACAUCCGGUCUGCUGAGCGAAGAGGACAACUUACUAACCGAGCUCGGUAAAUUUAUAGGCUUGAUGCCUGUGAUGGAUCACAAACACGGAAAGCUCCUCAUUUAUUCCAUUAUUUUUGGCUGUACAGACUUUGGUGUCAAUACGGUUGCUGUUUUGAGUAUCGGUGGGUCUCCCUUCAUAGUGACACAAGAAAAUCGAGACGAGAUUAAAAAGAUCUGCCAGCAAUAUAGUUCUAGUGGUGACUUACUCGCGUACGUUGAAGUUGUGCGCCGCUACCUUUCCCUUGAGGAUGGCGCAUCUAGGAGAAAGUUUAUGGGCGAGAACCACCUGUCUUUCAACAAAAUGAAAGAAAUAACAUCAUCGCGUGCUCAGCUUUUGAGUAUCCUGAAAGAUAUCGGUUUCGUUCCAAUGAGUUACAGCAUGGGCUCGUCAGAUUAUUUGAACCGUAACGGUAACAAUACAGAGAUUAUAAAAUGCAUCCUCACCGGCGCAUUCUAUCCUCAGGUUGCACGCAUUCAGCAUCCGGACCAAAAAUUCAUCAACACAAGUGCAGGGGCCAUUGAAAAAGACCCAGAGGCCCGAAUGAUCAAGUACUGGAUAAGAAACGAGGAAUACAUUAAUCAGUUAUAUGGUCUCGCUAAGGAUUCGGAGGUUACAAACACAUCACUUCCAGCAACGCAAGCUUUCUUGCAUCCUUCUUCGAUAUUUUUCAGUACAAAGAACGACGACGUGUCCGAGCUGGCAGGGCUGCAUGAAAUGCUCUCGUCAGAAAAGCCUGAGAAGGGAGGGUCUGGCCAGAACGUAUUGAAGGCUUCUUUCGCCGUCUUCAACAGCUCUCAUUCCACAAAUAAGUUGUACCUGAGGGAUAUUACACCCACUUCUACGCUGGCGCUUUUGCUGUUUGGUGGUGCUAUCAAAUAUGAUUUGCAGGGUACCGAGCACUCGCCGGGAAUAGUAGUUGAUAAUUGGCUGCCAGUUCGCACCUGGUGCAAGAAUGGUGUUCUUUUAAAAGAGCUCAGAACACUGCUGGACAAUGUCAUCAAGCAGAAACUCGAGCAGCCGGAGUAUAACACAAGCCAAGAGAGCACGCAUAGCGGAGAUGAUGUUUUGACAAUUGUGGAAGAGAUUGUUAAAACGGAGUCGUCAAACUAUUAA